UAACAACACGAACAACACCAAUCUCAACAUGGCGGACGCUGCUCCAGCCCGUGGUGGAUUUAGAGGAGGAUUUGGCUCGCGUGGCGGUGCCCGCGGCGCUAAGGGACGUGGUCGCGGUCGUGGCCGUGGACGCGGUCGCGGUGGCAAGGAAGACUCGAAGGAGUGGGUACCGGUCACGAAGCUUGGCCGCCUGGUGAAGGAUGGCAAGAUUCGCACGCUGGAGGAAAUCUAUCUGUACUCGCUGCCGAUCAAAGAGUUCGAGAUCAUCGAUUUCUUCCUGAACCGCUUGCUGAAGGAUGAGGUGCUGAAAAUCAUGCCCGUCCAGAAGCAGACCCGUGCCGGUCAGCGUACCCGCUUCAAGGCUUUCGUGGCCAUCGGUGACAGCAACGGUCACAUCGGUCUGGGCGUGAAGUGCAGCAAGGAAGUGGCGACUGCUAUUCGUGGUGCCAUCAUCCUGGCCAAGCUUUCCGUCGUCCCGGUUCGUCGCGGUUACUGGGGUAACAAGAUCGGUCGCCCGCACACCGUGCCGUGCAAGGUCAGCGGCAAGUGUGGUUCCGUUCUGGUGCGCCUGAUUCCGGCUCCCCGUGGUACCGGUAUCGUAUCUGCUCCGGUUCCCAAGAAGCUGCUGCAGAUGGCUGGUAUUGACGAUUGCUAUACCACCACUCGUGGCUCGACGACGACGCUCGGUAAUUUCGCGAAGGCCACGUAUGCCGCCAUCGCCAAGACGUACGCGUUCCUGACGCCAGAUCUGUGGAAGGACCUGCCACUGAACAAGACGCCGUACCAGGAGUACGCCGACUUCCUUGAGAAGACCAGCAAGACCGGCCAGCGCAUCAUCGAAAUGUAGAGCGUGUUGAGCCUACUACACUAGAGAGAGCGCAUGAUACGCCUUUGCUGUUCAAUUGAAUUCGUCUUCCUCCUCACAGAGGAGCGAUAGUUGAAAAAAUGAAAUAAAAUUCAUUUUUAAAAUGAAGUGACGAAAUUCAA